GGUGGACGUAUAGAAAUAGGAAGUUGAGACAAAACUACUGAACUGGUUUGUUUAAGAAGUGUCAGAAAGUGUCAUUUUUGUGGAAGAGGUGUGAGUCCAAAAAAGAGCUACAGACAUGGCGUUGAAGCGAAUAACUAAGGAAUGUAAAGAGAUGACAGUUGAUCCUCCUUCAGGCUGUUCUGCGGGUCCAGUGUCAGAAGAUAUGUUUCAUUGGCAGGCCACAAUUCAAGGUCCAAUGGAUAGUCCAUAUGUUGGUGGAAUUUUCUUUUUAACAAUACAUUUUCCAACAGAUUAUCCCUUCAAACCACCAAAGAUUGCCUUUUCCACAAAGAUAUACCACCCCAAUAUAAAUGGUAAUGGCAACAUCUGUUUAGAUAUACUCAGGUCGCAGUGGUCUCCAGCUUUGACAGUGUCAAAAGUUCUACUCUCCAUCACAUCACUGUUGACAGACCCAAAUCCAGAUGAUCCCUUAGUACCAGAUAUUGCAAAUUUAUACAAAACAGACCGAAAAAAAUACAACGACCACGCCAAAGACUGGACCCAGAAAUAUGCCAUGUGACCUAACUUUGCUUUUACCAUGUGUCUGCACAAGUUCUCUCCCCUUAUCCUUCCAUUCAUGAGCUACUGUUAAGUAUAAAAGUAUUCAUGUUUAAUUUAUGACUGGCAUCACAUGUGGUGAUGGUGGAUUUCUGUCUUAUUUACUCAGUGCUGUAACAUCACAAGGAGGUCUUUAAGAAAUCUGGGGUCAUAUAUGCGAAGCGCUGAAAGCUUUACAUGCACAUAACAAACAUGACAAACAGCACUGUAGGCAUUAUGUUGCCAUGCCAGUUAGAUGCUCUUAAAGUCAGUAUGGAUUCGUGAGUCAGAUACCUGGAUGUUUUGUGCUGCAAAGUUGAAGUAAUUCUGUUCAGGUGUGAAUAGUCCUGUUUUUGUUUAGCUGAGGUGAGGUUUGGAACCUGAGCUAUCUUCAUGAUCCAGCUCUGUGUACAGAAAAAUAACCAGCUAGCCAAUAGCUGUCUCCUGCAUCAGCUUAAACGAUCAAAUCUGAAAGGGUGUUUUUCCCUGAUCCAAGUCACUGUAAUUAUAAAACAGGCAUUUAAGAAGCGUCUGUUGGUACCUGCAUGAAAACCAAGGAAAUCUAUAUGGUCGAUCUUAUUUUUGGUUUUUGUUACAAGUACGUUUAAUGGUUGAUUAUCUCAUAUCCGUGCUGUUUUAUUUAUUACAUGUAAGCACCCUGUAACUCUCUGCCUUUAAAGGCGCAGUCAAAGGUUUGGGUGUUGCAGAGAUUAUGUGACACAUUUGUUGAUAUUCCUAACAACAGAGUGGUAAUUUGAAACGUAUUCUUUGUAUUGCUCUAUUACUCAUGUAUGUGCAGCAAAUAUGAGUUUGUAUGGUCCAUUUGAUCAAUGUGCUGGAGGUGUUCUCAAGUGUUCAAAGUGAUGCAGUAGUGAGAAUAUGGGAGAUGUGUUGUAGAUAUUUAUAACUGCUGAUCUUUGCCUAAUCAUGCAUGUAUCCUGUUAACCAGUUACAGUAAAAGCUAUUAAAUUGUGUGGCCGACAGUUUUGUACAAGUACUAGUCAUAUUUGUCAAGGGAAGACAGCAGUCGCUGUCAACAACAUUUCGUUACUAGCUCAAAAAAAUGUUAACUUACAAAUUUCAGUCGUUCCACAUUCAGAACCAGAAUUUUUCUUGAACUUGUGUUUUAGGAGAUAUUUUCUGUUGUGUUGAAAGCUGUUUUGACAUUUACAUUUGGAAUAUUAUGUUCAGCCUGGUGUGCGCAGAUUGGUCUAAUUGUCAAAUGUUUCUAUCAUCUCAGCUUGCUUAUGUUAGUCCAUCUUUCAUUUUGCGAACUCAUCUAGUGUCUUCAGGCAUUACUGACACAGUGUAUUUAUUAUCUUACAACUACCUUGGGUUGUAUUUCCUGUGUAAAUAUUUCCUCUGAAUAAACCUCAGUAUAAUGACA